CAUUUCCGUUCAGGAAGUGUCCGUUCAAAACAAAUGUUAGCUCGCUGUUGGAAUAUUUCUCAGUCCUCAAUGAGUUUUUAUCGUAUAUAAAUACAAGACCUGUCGUAAUAAUUAACUUCCUCCUUUAUCAAUGGACACACCAGAGCCCGGCCAGGCAGAUGGAGAGGAGCGUCUCGUAGAGCUUCGACCUCGAACGCGCUCCAACCCAGAGGGUGCUGAGGACCGACGAAGCAGCACUGGCAGCCUCGGAGGAAACGGGAACCCCAGCAUAUCUCAGCCUGCCGUGGGAAGUCGUGUGGAGGGAGAAGGUGAGGCCUCGACCAGCGACAGCCCUCCAAGUUCCACCACCGCAACCAUCUCAGUGUCUACGGCUCAGGCUGUGGCUCCCACUGCCGUCACAGGUGCGACUGCUGCGGCCAGUGCUGCGGUACCACUGUCCACUACGGCCGUGUCAACCAAAGACAGGCCAAAGUCCACACAGCAACACCCCACACUCACCACGUCCGUCCCUUCACCGGCAGAGUAUCAGCUCAGAGUGCCGCGCGUAAACUGCCCAGAGAAAGUGAUUAUCUGCUUAGAUCUUUCUGAAGAGAUGUCUUUGCCAAAGCUGGAGUCCUUUAACGGGUCUAAAACAAAUGCUCUGAACAUAUCCCAGAAGAUGAUUGAGAUGUUUGUCAGAACAAAACACAAGAUUGACAAACGGCAUGAGUUUGCUCUGGUGGUCGUCAACGAUGACGCCCUGUGGCUGUCAGGCUUUACCUCUGAUCCCAGGGAGCUGUGUAGCUGCUUGUAUGACCUGGAGACCAACGUGUGCGAGUCCUUCAACCUGGAAGAUCUCCUUAAUGUCAUACGUCAGAAAAUCGAGCUGCCGUUGAUGGAGAAUAUUCAGACUAUCCCGCCUCCGUAUGUGGUGCGGACUGUGCUUAUCUACAGCCGUCAUGCUGGGCAGCUGCAGUUCAACCCAUCUGAGGCUGUUAGUAAAAUGCUGCAGUCGCCAUAUUUUUUCUUCGACGUGGUCUAUUUGCACAACGGGGUGGAAGAGCAGGGGGAUGAGACCAGCUGGAGGGACAACUACACCUCGUUCAGUAACCUGGACUCUAAGGGCAUGUGUUAUCGCUUUGAGGUUUCCUUAGGCGGACCCGCCAUUGAGCUGCACAAUUGCAUGGCCAAACUUCUGGCUCACCCUUUACAAAGGCCUUUCCAGAGUCAUGCAUCUUACAGCCUGCUGGAGGGGGACGACCCCCAGGACAUCGAGGCAACCGUUUAAAAUGGGACACUGGCUUCUCUGUGAAAUCCACACGCACGCGUUUCAGUUUUUCCUCCACAUUAUGACCAUUUUUUCUCUUAGCUGCUGUAAUUCUUGUAUUAUUUGGGAUGUAGGUGUAGAUCCAAGGAUAACCAAGGGGUUUGUAUGUCCACACUAAAAUAGACGAGUGAUUUUUCUCAUCUUAACUGCAGGAAUCAUGCAGCUGUUUGCUGCAGGUGUCGUGACAAUGAUUAAAAGUCCCAGAAUCCAAGAAAAAGGUAAAAGAGCAGCUAAACGGUGUAACGCAUCAUUCAUCCCUUGUUGCUUUCUAACACACCACACUGCUCCAAAGCAGGCGAUCAGGAAACUGAUAAACCUUAAUUUGAAGUAGCGAAUCACAGAGACACGUGUCAUGAAGUCUGUGAUCCUGCCUGUGCUUCUGUUGCCUGUUUUAAUCUACUUUGUUUUAUAACGGCUCGUUUUCUUUCUUAGCUGUCACACUUACGUUAUGUUACAUAGGCAAUGAAAAAAUAAAGGGUAUGAUUGUAAAAAUGUCCCUUUGCACUGCCCGUAGAUGCACGUCGUGUACAGACGUUUGUAAAACUGUUUCUGCGGAUUAAAAAAGUUUGUUUAAUGACA